CAUUCUUUUCCCCAUAUAUAUAAACCAAUAUAUACGAACAUGUUACAUGCUUCCAUUUGUUCAUAUCUACCACUCCACAUCCUCCACUUUCCAACACAUUAAUCAAAACACACCACACCACCAUUGCACAACGAAAGCCUUCCCGAUUUUAUAUUCAUGAUCGUGAUAAUUAACAAACACAAGUAGUUAAAAGAAUAACAUAAAAUGAGGAAACCUUUUGAUAAUAAGCAUGAAAUGAAAACGGGGUCAUGGUCUAAGGAAGAAGAUCAGAAGCUUAUAGACUAUGUCACCUCCCAUGGUGAAGGCUCUUGGCACACCCUCCCUCAGGCUGCAGGUCUACUUCGUUGCGGCAGAAGCUGUAUGCAAAGAUGGUCAAUAUACUUAAAGCCUGACCUUCAAAGAAGAGAGUUUGGUGAAGAUGAAGAUGAUCUCAUCAUCAGGCUUCACGCUCUACUGGGUAACAGGUGGUCGCUUAUAGCUGGGAGACUACCAGGGAGAACAGAUGAAGAAAUCAAGAAUUACUGGAACUCACACUUAAGCAUAAAGCUUCUAAAUAUGGGUAUCGAUCCAAAUAAUCAUCGGUUACGUCAUCAUAUCUCUAUGUCGUCCACUAUGAGCACUGAUGUGAACGAAUCACAGGCUGAAAAUGAUGAAGUGAACUCGGAUAUCAGUUCUAGUAGGAACUAUAACUCAUACGAAGAUCAGGAUAUUAAUUAACUCCAGUCAACCUGACAAUGGAAGUUAAAAAGUAAAUCCGAAAUACAGUUUCCGAAGUGACUAUAUAUGAAUUAUUAUGUUGUUUGUGUUUUUACAUGUAGCAGGGUUAAAGAUCUGGGUAGAUAAAGUAGAGUAAGGUUUGUGAUAUAUGGUCAUAUGUUGAACAUUAAAGCAUGCAUGUGUGCAUGUUAUUGGCCUUCACUAUCGAUCUCCAUAAAUUUAUUGCUCGGACAGGGGUUAUGUGCAGGGCUAUGCAACUGCGUAGUCUUGAUCUUGUCCUAUAAGUGUUGAUAUUUAAUAAAACGAAAUCUUUUAUUA